GCAGCGAAACAACGCCUUUGAAAACUUCGAUACAACCAAAACAAAACACGUAAAAAACCCCGGAUUUACAAACAUGAACAACAAAGGAACCAAUGGAUAUCCAACGUAUGAUGCUGCACAGCAGGCCGCAGCAUAUCAGCAGUACAUGAACGGUCAGCUUCCCGCACAUGCACAGCUGCCGCCUUCGUACAACUCGGUGGUCACCAGUAUGACGCCGACCUAUCCACCAUAUCCUCCCGGAAUCGUGCCACAGCCGUUCUACGGUAAUAGCUGGAGCGUGAAUCCGUCCGCGCAGGCCCAGUUCGCACCGGCACCACCGCCCCCGUACGCGGCAACACCGGCCGCCGUUGCGGCCAUCCCGGCACAGCCGAUGCAUCCGCAGAUGUACCAAUAUCAGAUUGCGACCGCACCGCCACCACAAUCGGGCCAACCGCCCCAGGUCUACCAAACGCCCAUGUACCCAGUUCAAGGUGCCAUGUUUGAUGCCGGUGCACGGUUCGGCAAAACCGGUGGACAGCCGACGAUUCCACCGCCCCCACCGGGCAUCGUUCCUAACGCGGCUCAGCUCGCCACAAUGCAGGGUCAGCAGGUUGUGGUGGCUAAAAAGAAGAACAAUUUUCUGCACGGUGGCAACGGUGGCGGAUACACGUUCUGGUGAAGGG